CUCGCAUUCGUUGCCGUCGCAAUUGUGGGUGUUCUGCUCAAAACCUCCUCCGGCUUCAUACAAUCCAUUGUCAACAAAAUCCUCGGUGCUGUGGACAACAAACUCACCCCGGAAGAAGCCAAAUACAUCGGCGAUUUCAUUAUUGAAAAUUCCAGCCGAUCCAAGUAUACACUCUCAGGCCUCAUCAAGGGUAUAUUCGACGGUUUGCCAGAAAGUGCAAUUGAAAAUCAAUUUGUACAAUAAUUGCUAG